AGUCUUACCCGGCACAUUGACUCACGCCCCUCCCCCGCAAUCCAGCGAUGCUAGUUAGUCGCAAUUGGAGGGGCAUCCAGAUCCCACCAAUACAGCACCCCACCUCGUCCCCCUCACCACCCGCCACGCUCACCCCACACAGAAACACACGAUGGCACCCGAACCCGCUCCAUCCGCGGCCACGGCGACAGCCGACCUCGUAACAACCGUUCUUUCCGCGCUCGACUCUGCGGCCACGCUCCCGCUAGCCUCGACCUCCGCGUUCGCGACGAUCCCGCCGGCGGCGCUCAAGGGCGCGCUAGACUCCCUCCUGAGCCGGGAGAUGGUGGUGUACGAAACGCUGGAGCGGGAGGUGGCGGUGCUGACGGGCGAGGGCGCGGAUAUUGCGGCGCGCGGGUCCCACGAGGCCAAGGUGUACGAGGCGGUGUGUAACGCUGUCGAUGGGAUGAAGAUUUCGGAGCUGGCGAAAGUUGUCGGUGCGGCGAGCGCAAAGGUGGGACAGGGAAAGGCGUUCAAGGAGGGCUGGAUCAAGAAGGAUGGCGAUAAAUUGCUCAAGAAGGCCGACUCGAUCAAAGACGUGACGCGCGAGCAGCUGAACGUGAUCGCGGAGACGCAGACGUAUCCGGACGUUAAGAUUCUCGCGGACCUGAAGAAGCGCAAGCUUGUCGUGAUGAACAAGCGGAUCAGCUUCCUGAUCAACAAGGGGGCCAAGUUCGCGCUGCAGAUAGUGCGCGAGGAGACGGAUCUGACCGCGGAGAUGGUGGCCGGAGGUGCUUGGAAGGAGAAGACGUUCAAGGCGUACAACUUUGCCGCGCUCGGCGCGAAGCAGAACAGCGGUGCCCUACACCCCCUCAAUAAGGUCCGCCACGAGUUCAGGAAUAUCUUCUUCGAGAUGGGAUUCACCGAGAUGUCGACCGACCGCUUUGUGGAAUCCGGCUUCUGGAACUUCGACACGCUGUUCGUGCCGCAGCAGCACCCCGCGCGCGACCUGCAAGACACCUUCUACAUCUCGGACCCGGCGGUUGCCGAUCUCCCGGAGGACACCGAGUACUGGAACAACGUGCGCGAAGUGCACGAGCAGGGCAAAUACGGCUCAGCGGGGUACCGCUACCCCUGGCGGGCCGAGGAAGCGCUCCGCCUCGUGCUGCGCACGCACACGACCGCCACCUCCGUCGCGAUGCUGCACAAGCUGGCACAGAACCCCGGGCCGGCACGGUACUUCUCUAUCGACCGAGUCUUCCGCAACGAGACGGUGGACGCGACACACCUCGCAGAGUUCCACCAAGUCGAGGGCGUGAUCGCCGACUACGGGCUCACCCUCGGCGGGCUGAUCGGGUUCAUGAAGGAGUUCUUCCGGAAGAUGGGGAUCGACGACCUGCGGUUCAAGCCGGCGUACAACCCGUACACGGAGCCGUCAAUGGAGAUCUUUGGCGAGCACAAGGGCCUCGGAAAGUGGGUCGAGAUCGGGAACUCGGGCAUGUUCCGCCCCGAAAUGCUCGAGAGCAUGGGACUGCCCAAGGACCUGCGCGUCUACGGAUGGGGAUUGUCGCUUGAGCGUCCGACAAUGAUCAGAUACAAGGUUAGCAAUAUUCGUGAGCUCCUUGGCCAUAAGGUCGAUCUGGGAUUCAUCGAGAACAAUGCUGCGGUCAGGUUGGAUAAGUCAUAGAUAUCGUGUUCUAUCGGUGAUAGAAAAAAAGGAAUGAAAGCUUUAGAUGCGGGGGGAGUUUCUUUACUACAGU